AUGCGUUACAACGUUCAAAAAACGCCUCCGAUGUCUCCCAGAAACAGCAGCAGAUAUAAUCCAAUUGAUUAUAUACUCUCCACCGACACUUGCAGGCCUAGCACCAUCGAUUUGCAAUCACCAACUCCAUUAAUACCAACCGUCUCUCAAAUUCCAGCUGGUAAUGCAUUCAAUGAGUUUCACGGUGGACGUCGGAUUUGCAAAUCAUGUAUUCCCCGUUCUCAACAAUAUCGAUGUCCUCGGAUUUCUUCUCGAAAGCGCCCAGCCGCUCCACCUCAGACUUUUAAAUUCUUCCUCGAUUUGCCUAUUGACAUUCGAUUUGAGAUAUGCCGCCUGAUAUGCAAUGAAGCACGACGAAUUAUUCCUGUCGUAGUUCAUUGGUCUCUGCUCAAGCAAUUCUUCCUUGCUCUAAUCACACCACGUACCCCGAACAUUCUUCACGUAUGCCGAAAAUCUCGUGAACAUGCACUCAAAUACCAUUUUUCACUUGUCAGCAAGCAACUUUCUCACGAACUACCCGAGCCCGCUGUGCUUCGAGGUUAUCUCUCCUACUAUACUCAUAGAAAUCCACGGAUCACCAGUUCUUCACCAUCUCGACGGCCUGGCCUUCGAUCUUCGGCUUCGAUGACCUCGUAA